GGCAUUUCACAGCAGCGCCAUUUUGCUGUAGGAGAGUUGGAGCGCGCGGUGAGGAAAAGGAGAAAACACGCAUAACGACGCUGAAAGAGCUACGGUUUAAAAUCGAGUAAGCGGUUUUUCCGGUCCCCAUCAUGCAUCGAGACUGUCCCUUAGACUGUAAGGUGUACGUUGGGAAUCUUGGGAAUAAUGGGAACAAAUCUGAGCUGGAGCGAGCCUUUGGUUAUUAUGGGCCUCUGCGCAGUGUUUGGGUGGCCAGGAAUCCUCCUGGUUUUGCCUUUGUUGAGUUUGAGGACCCAAGGGAUGCCACCGAUGCUGUGAGAGAGCUGGAUGGCAGGACUCUGUGCGGUUGCCGUGUGAGGGUCGAGCUGUCCAAUGGGGAGAAGCGAUCCCGUAAUCGAGGCCCGCCACCUUCCUGGAGCCGGCGCCCACGUGAUGAUUACCGCCGCCGAAGCCCACCUCCCAGGCGCAGAUCCCCCCGCAGGAGGAGCUUCAGCCGCAGCCGGAGCAGAUCUCUUUCUCGUGACCGUAGAAGGGAGAGAUCUCUGUCUCGUGACAGGAACCACAAACUGUCUCGCUCUUUCUCCAGAUCCAGAAGUCGCUCUCGGUCGAAUGACAGGAAGUGAGACGAAGCUGAAUGGAUGCCUCGUCAAGAUCAUCUUUUAAACUCCAGCGUUAUGGACUCUGACUUGGACACCCUGCUUCAUUAGCUUUUUCUUUAUUUUAUAAACAGAUCAGAUGUUUUAGAGCGGUUAUGUUCUCACCUGUGUGCAUGUGUACCAGAGAGAGAGAUGCAGAGCUCCAUUUCUCAGCUGUCACCAUUCCAUCGCCGAUUUAUUUUUAAUCAUUUGGGUUUAUAUAUUAAAAAAAAAAAAAUUUCCCAUGCAUUCUUGGUCGUGUGAAUGUUUCUGAACAGAUGUGACUUUUUUUUUUUUUUUGGUGUUUAAUGGCGUUUGGGAAUUUUGUAUUAGUCAUGGGCUUGAGAUGAGAAACUGAAGUUUCUCCCCCCGCUCUUUUUUUUUUUUCCCUCCCCCCUCUGGUGUUUGUACUGUUUGUAAUGUUCAUCUGAAAUUAAAAAAAAAAAAAAACUGG